AUGUCAUCCGAGGAAACGAAUACUGAAAACCUCCUUCAAGAUCCAUCAGCACCGAUGAUGAUGAUUGAUACCAAUGAGCAAGGAUUUGACAGCGUGAUGAUAAGCGAGCAGCCAUGUCCCACUACUACUCCUGUGCGAAAGAAACCUGGUCGUAAGCCUAAUCCAACAUCACCAGCUAUUCGCAAAGCGCAAAAUCGUGCAGCCCAAAGAGCGUUUCGUGAGCGUAAAGAACGAUAUCUUCGGGAUUUGGAAGCAUCCGUCAAACAAAUGCGUGAAGACCGAGAUCGGCUGCAAGCUGAAAACGAGCAAUUCAAGAGUGACCUUGACAUUUUGAAUUCCGAGAAUUGGUAUCUCAAGGGGAUUGUAUUGACGCUGCAGCUUGUAUGUUUUCGACAUCAUUUGGUACUUCCUCAACAUAGUCCAUACAUGAGCAAAGAAGCGUUGACAUUACUCAGCAAAUCGAUUCCUGAACCUGUGAAUGCAUACAUCCAUGCCAAUGCCAAUAAUAAGCCGCCAUUGACAGUGACAAAAGAAGGCAAUGCACAAGGGAAGAUGACAACGAAUCAUCAUCGUAAGAGAAAGCAACGACAACAAUACGUGACGACCACAUCGAUAUGCAUAACCAAGGAUGGCGUGCAAUCAGUGCCACAUGCGGGGAGUGAUUUUUCAUUUCCCAUGGACGAAACAGAGAUUGAUCUUUCAUCCACCCAGUUGUCUGCAUCACCAACACCUCCUUCAGCAGCAGCUCCUCAUCCUCCUUCUUCCGAUCUCCCCGAUUGUGUCGCUACCAAUGUCGCCGCCAUUCAAACAUUACGCCUUCGUUUACGACUCCAAUCAGCUUGUGCGCAAAUGGAUUCAACCCCUUUCACUAUUCAACCCACCACUUUGCAGUUGACUAUUCCACAUGAUCCUCGUAUUGAUCUCGUUCCCACACCACAUAUGCGUGAUCGUAUGAUCUUGUUUCGAGGCUUGUUCGAUCUUGAUGAAUGUUUUCGAUGCAUUAUUGCUGACUCAACAUUCCAUGGCGGAGACCCUGCUGAUCCAUCCAACUGGCAGUUGCCAUGCGAAUUCUUUCAAAAGUUUUGGUUCCUGACAACGGAUUACACGCUGCAUCGCAUCACCAACAAAUGGCGUAAGAUUCAAGGCUUACAACUACUCCCAUCUCCAUCAUCACCUUCAACUUUAUCAAAGAGUCAGCAUGAACAAAGCAGCUAUGCAUCGUCGCGUUUUUCGGAUGACACCAUCACAUUUACCAAUCAACAACAACAACAUGCACCAUCCAAUGAUGAUGAUAAUGCCUUGUUCAGUGCAUCACCUAUCCAGCUCACAGCUGGCAAUAUACCCGCUCAUCGUUCUCCGGCACAUCAAAACAGCACAGCGUAUACCAUGGAUUUGUCUCUUGAUAACUGGGACUCGAUGUUUUCUCCAACACUCCAAAAUCAAUACAAUGAUAUCAUGUUGAGUGAUCGCACUGUUGGUGCAGCAGCAACAGAGUCAGUUUAA